CUGUGCGUCUGCCCGGGACCAGGGGAAACGCUCAAGCGAAGCGUAGAAGCAACAGCGACAACAAGCAAGAGCAGAGACUUGGACACUAUACACACACGCACACACACACACACACACAUCCCUACUACUACUCCUACUACUAACAGCAGCAGCCUGCGCGCGGUGAACGGAGCGGACCCAGCGGGACUCCAUAUACAGUUUAUUCCAGCAGCAGAGAGGAGUGGGAAAGUUUGGAGAAAUGCAGUCAGUGUACCAGCACCUCAUCAGCCUGCUGUUUGUCUUCAGCAGCCUGCACGUUGACCAGCUGACGGAAGGCUGCUCGUGCGCUCUGUCGCACCCGCAAGACGCUUUCUGUAACUCCGAGAUAGUGAUUCGGGCUAAAGUGGUGGGCAAGAAGCUCCUGAGAGAUGGACCUUUUGGAACAAUGCGAUACACAGUGAAGCAAAUGAAGAUGUACAAAGGAUUCGACAAAGUCCAGCACGUGCAGCACAUUUACACAAGCGCCUCUGAGAGUUCGUGCGGGGUCAAGUUUGACAUCAACAAGUACCAAUACCUGAUCACAGGUCGAGUGUACAACGACAAGGUCUACACCGGGCUGUGCAACUUCAAUGAGCAGUGGGACCGCCUCUCAUUGGCCCAGAAGAAAGGCAUCAACCAUCGCUACCAGCUGGGCUGCAGCUGCAGGAUUAAAGCCUGCCGCUACCUGCCUUGCUUUGUGACCUCAAAGAACGAGUGCCUAUGGACAGACAUGCUGUCCCACUUCGGCAAUUCUGGCUACCAGUCCCGGCACUACGCCUGCAUCCAGCAGAAGGAGGGCUACUGCAGCUGGUACCGGGGCAUGACCGCUCGUGACAAAACCACCAUCAAUGCCACCGACCCCUGAACCUGACCUGUCUGCCUGACACCCACUGCCACCUACCUGACUCCGUCCCUUCCCUGAUCACCUCUAGAGUAUUUCAGGACUCUUAAAGCUCACUGGCCUGGGUGACUGCCCCCCCCCUUAAAGGGGCAAAAAUGAGAAAAGAACAAAUCCAUUACAGUGCCUGUUUCGUAGCACUUCUGAUAGAAAACAAUACCUUUUUUGUUGUACAGAUCACCCACUUGAACUCUUUAAUGUUUUUACCAUAUUACAAUCAAACUCAGUCCUUGCAGCGAACUGUCUCUUUGAAUUUAAUGGUAUUAAAAAGGUGAAAAAGACAGUUAAUGGGCCAAUAACAAGUUUAAGUAUUUUAUCAACCUCCAGAAUUGAAGAGCUAAUCUCCAAGACACUGUGUAACUGACCAGUAUCACUGGUGGCAGUUAGUGACCUGCAGUUAGCCUACUAUUAUUGUCAUUUUGUGCAUUUAGGCAGUAUAUUUCUUCCCUUUGUUCCUUUAAAAGCAAGGACUCUCAAGUAUCAAAUGAAUUUCAAUCAAUGAAAAAGAAGCGCAACCAGCAAUGAUCACUACGUAAAUCUGAGAUGUAAAGCUGUUACAUUGUUGUUACUAAAGUGCGCCUGAGAUAUAACAUAAGACAGCUGCAGUUCUGUACAUAUGCAAUAGAGAAAAGAGCCAAGAAUUUUAUUGAGAAUAGGGCCAAUGUGCAAGGUAUGAUCCCUGAAAAAUAUACCUCUUAUUUUGGCUUCAGAAGAAUUUUUAAAAAUGGUAUUGUUUCACAGUGAAGUAUACAUCAAUUAUGUUCAGUUUUUACUGUAACGUGUCUUUAUGGAUGGUAGUGUCUGCUUCCCUGAGUGUUUGUGGUGUAACUCAUUUUGCAGUUACAUCACGAACAGCACUCUGUUGAACACUGAUGAAUAUCAGCGAAAUGCUAAAAAUGUCUGUUUUGUUACAGUGGCAACACGGGGGAGAGCUUAUUUCUUGCAGAGAUGGUGAUAUUUUAUUUUUUGCUGUAUAUAACAUAAGCUACAGAAAUGAACUAUCAACUCAGCUGAAACCUCUGUAUUACAUUUAUUUAUAUGUUAAAUGGAUUACACAUUAACCAUGUGGUAUAUCUGCAAAAAAGUAUACAUAAUAGUAGGCCAAAACUACAUUGUGACAACCAUUACGGCCUGUGCAAUUGUCCACAAUGAAGGACCAGCAUCUACAAGUUAUAUAUUAUGGUACCUUUUUUUUUGUUUGUUUUGUUUUUGUUUUGCUGGAUUAUAUUUCCCCCGACUGGUACUCUUCACCAAAUGAAAGUACAGUAUAAGCAGAGGUUUCAGAAAAUGAUUUAUUUUGUAAGUGUAUAUUCAGUCUUUUUGUAUUUAACUAUUUGAAAAGGACAUCAAAUAUAUAUAUGAAAGUAACAAUAUUGUCACUAAAUUCAUUCUUCUUCACCUGUACCCAUCUGGGGGAUUUCCUUUUUUUUUUUUUCCUGUGCCGUACCUUCAGUCCAUUCCAUUAACAGACACAGAUUUGCCUCAAAGGGAGUAAUGGGAUAGUAGUUUGACAUUUUGGGAAAUAUAUUUAAUUACUUUAUUCCUGAGAGUUAGAUGAGAAGAUUGAUACCACUUUCAUAUCUGUAUACUAAACAUAAGCUACAGCCAGCAGCCUGGUAGCCUAUCUUACAGUAAUAUAAAGACAGGAAAACACUUUUCUAGUUCUGCUCAAUUGUAGUAAUAUCUGGCUAUUAAUGCCUCUAAAGCUAAUUACAUAUCAAAAUAAAUAUCUUUCAUUUAAUUCAUACAGAUACCAAAACAACAUAAAUGUAAAGUUGAGAUAUUAGAGACGUUGUCUGGACUAUUUCUUAGCUAGCACAGUAACUUCCUAUUGUCUCUCCAGUCAAUGCUAAAUUAAGCUAGCUGACUGCUGGGUUUAGCUCUGUAUGUAACAGACAGAUAUGUGGGUAGUAUCUACGUUCUCAUCUAACUCUUGGCAAGAAAGUGAAAUUUAUUCACAUCCAUUCCAAAAUAACAAAAAUGUUCCAUCCAUUUUUUCUUGUGAAAUGACACUAAAACUCUCCACCAAAGUCAGAUCAUAUCAUGGGAGAAAGACAGUGAUUGGUUUGUAUCUGAUACUAAAUAAAAAUCCAACACUGGCAUCAUAGGUCAAUAUAAAUGACCAUAAAAUUAUCUAUCUGACUAUGUUACAUUAGCUAUCUUGCAACUCAAGUAUUAAGCUUUGACAAAAUAUCCCUCAGUGAAGUUCAAUAUUAAGUAAAUCUUAAUAUUGAACUUUAUUUUGCUGAAAAAAGUAAACCUUUGAGUGAAAAUGCUUUACAUCGUCAAUGAAUUUGAUUACUUCAUACAGUAUUUAGGCUGCUUCUCCCACUGCGGCAUGUCUGUGUCAAUAUUUCUGUGGUUCAUGUUUGUGUAAAUAUACUGUCUGCUUAACACAGAAACACUUGGUCAAGUUUGAUCCUUAAAAAAAUCACGGAAGCUGUGUACAGUUUGUGUGUAAACACUGAUUCCUGAAGUGUGGGUGGGGGGUGUUUCCUUAUAGGGGUUAUAGAAAUGUUUGACUUAAUUUCUGUGUUUUAUAUUUUUAUAAUAAAGAUUUAAUGAAAAAUGGG